AUGGGUUGGAUUGACCGGGUGGUUCCUCAGCCCCCGGUGCCCCAUCAGACAGAGGAGACCCCUCGUGCCCCAGUGCAGGAGCCAGAGCCAGUCAAGGCACCAACGGGAAAGGCUGGUGGCCCCACAAAUGCUGCUGACCGUGCACGGACUGAGGAAACGGAAAAGAAAGUGGAAUUUGCGGUCCCUGAGGAGACAGGCUCUGUGUUUGACAGCGUGGGGAGCAGUGUGCUCUCCUGGCUCUCCUAUGGGUUGGAGAAGGUGAUUCCCCAGCCAGCCCCACCCCCAGGGAUGCUGCAGACGCUCGGGAAGAGCUUUGAGACAAGCGUUGACAUUGCCGAUCAGACGGAGAUCCAGAUCCUGGACGAGGACGAGGAUGGUCUGGAGAUAACUCCCUUCGAUCCAGAUGAGGAAGGCUCUGAUGUUGACUCGGAUACCGGCACAGAGCAGUGGGCAGGAAAACGAGUGCUCACCUGGCUGUCACAGGGCUUCGAGAGGAUUGUGCCACAGCCAGAUGGGGCAAAAAAGUCAGAGGCAGACCCGAAGGAGCAGAAGUGUGAAGCCAAGGUGGAAGUUCAUAUAGGCACUGAGGGACCCAGGGACACCAUCAUCAUCUUGGAAGAGAUCGAUGAUGACCGGAUUAGCAAAGUUACAUGUGAGAUGACAGCCUUGGGCCACAAGGCCGAGCUGGAGGCAGACAUUUAUUCCCUCACCCCCAUACAGGAGGAACCUCAGGAAGAAGAAAACAGGUUGUGUUUGUGCUCCCUGGGUGCUACCAAGGAGGGAGAGGAGGAGGAGGAGGAGGAGGAGGAAGAGGAAGAGAGGGAGGAGAAAGAGAGGAAAGAGAAGGAGGAGGAAGAGAGGAAGGAGGAGGAAGAAGAGAGAAAGGACAAAGAGGAGGGAGAGAGGAAGAAGGAGGAGGAAGAGAGGAAAGAGAAGGAGGAGGAAGAGAGGAAGGAGGAGGAAGAAGAGAGUAAGGACAAAGAGGAGGGAGAGAGGAAGAAGGAGGAGGAACAGAGGAAAGAGAAGGAGGAGGAAAAGAGGAAGGAGGAGGAAAAGAGGAAGGAGGAGGUGAAGGAAGAGAGGAAGGAAGGGAAAAAGGAAGAGGCAAAGGAAGAGAGAAAGGAGGAGGCAAAGGAAGAGAGGAAGGAAGAGAGCAAGGAAGCAGUUACUACCUCUGCAAAAGAGAGAAGCUGUAAUUACCCCACUGUGGAGAUCAAGGAUGUGGACAGCCAAGACGAUGCUGUGGAGAAUGAUGGUACCCACUUACUGGUGCCUGCUGCCAGUGCUCCCAACAUGCUGGCAGUGCCCAGCACAGCAUACCCCAGGAGGAAGCGACUGGUCCCAGAGGAGAGUCUGGACAAGGGACUGGUGAGCCAGUCCCCAACCCGAGUGCUGGGCUGGGACAAGGAGCAGAGGGAAAGCCUGCCUGAGCAUGUCGGCUCGGCCACGAGCCUGAGCAGUGCCAUCAUCAACACUCGGCUCCAGGAGCUGGUGAAGCUCUUCAAAGAGAGGACUGAGAAGGUGAAGGAGAAGCUGAUUGACCCUGAUGUCACCUCGGAUGAGGAGAGCCCUUUGGCAUCCCCAGGUAAGCCAGCACCUGUGGCAGCACCAGAGCCUCCACCAGAAGGGGAGUUGGAGGGUGACAAGCCAUCAAGGGAUGACCACUGCUGUGAGAUGUUGUGCUGCAUUUUCAAGUGCCAACCCUGGCUGGACCGCCUGAAAAACUACCAGUUCCCCAGCAGCAUCGACCCACUCACCAAUCUGAUGUACGUGCUGUGGCUGUUCUUCGUUGUCAUGGCCUGGAACUGGAACUGCUGGUUGAUUCCUGUCCGCUGGGCUUUCCCCUACCAGACACCAGCAAACAUCCACUGCUGGCUGCUGGUGGACUACCUCUGCGACCUCAUCUACCUGCUGGACAUCCUUGUCUUUCAGACCCGGCUGCAGUUCAUUCAGGGGGGAGACAUCAUAACUGAUAAAAAGGCCAUGAAAGAGAACUACCUGCGAUCACGACGUUUUAAGAUGGAUGUGGUGUGCCUCCUGCCCCUGGAUUUCUUCUACUUCAAAGUCGGAGUUAACCCACUCCUGCGCUUCCCUCGCUGUCUGAAGUACAUGGCCUUCUUCGAGUUCAACAACCGCCUGGAGGCUCUCCUGACCAAGGCAUACAUCUACAGAGUAAUUCGGACCACUGCCUACUUACUGUACAGCUUGCACAUCAACUCCUGUCUCUAUUACUGGGCGUCAGCCUACGAAGGACUGGGCUCUACCACCUGGGUCUAUGAUGGGGAAGGAAACAGCUACAUCCGCUGCUACUACUGGGCAGUCAAAACCCUCAUCACCAUCGGGGGCCUGCCAGACCCCAAGACACUGUUUGAGAUUGUCUUCCAGCUGCUGAACUACUUCACAGGCAUCUUUGCUUUCUCGGUCAUGAUCGGGCAGAUGAGAGAUGUGGUCGGUGCUGCUACUGCUGGGCAAACUUACUAUCGGAGCUGCAUGGACAGUACCAUUAAAUACAUGAACUUCUACAAAAUCCCCAAAACUGUUCAGAACCGGGUGAAAACGUGGUAUGAGUACACGUGGCGUUCGCAAGGCAUGUUAGAUGAGUCAGAGCUGCUGGUGCAGCUGCCAGACAAGAUGAGGCUGGACAUCGCCAUCGAUGUGAACUACAACAUCAUGAGCAAAGUGGCCCUUUUCCAGGGCUGUGACAGACAGAUGAUCUUUGACAUGCUGAAACGACUCAGAUCGGUGGUCUACCUGCCUAAUGACUACGUGUGCAAGAAGGGAGAAAUAGGCCGUGAGAUGUACAUUAUCCAGGCAGGACAAGUGCAGGUACUGGGGGGACCCGAUGGCAAAUCCGUGCUGGUGACUCUGAAAGCUGGAUCCGUGUUUGGAGAAAUAAGCUUGCUGGCAGCAGGAGGGGGCAAUCGCCGAACAGCAAACGUCGUUGCUCAUGGCUUCGCUAACCUGUUCAUUUUGGAGAAGAAGGACUUGAACGAGAUCUUGGUGCACUAUCCGGAGUCUCAGAAGCUGCUGCGUAGGAAGGCUAAGAAAAUGCUGAAAAGCAAUAGCAAACCCAAAGAUGAGAAAGGAGGCCCUGGAGACCCGCUGAUCAUCCCCUCGAAAACUGGCACCCCGAAGCUCUUUAAGGCUGCCCUGGCUGCCACAGGGAGGAUGGGGGGCAAAGGGCCACUGGCACAGCUCCGCUGGAGGCUGAAGGAGCUGAAGGAGAUGCAGGCAGUGCAG